GGCCGGUGGGCGCCGGCGUGGGGUUGCCGCACGUGGGAGGGCGCUGGCCCGGCCGCCACCGCCGCCGUGGCCUCUGCAGCUAGGCCGACUCGUGACUCCCGGGCGCCCCGGCGCUGCCGCCCGCCUCCCCGCCCGGCGCCGGAGGACCACGCGCCUGCCGCCGCCAGCCUCUCGGCGCUCCCAUGAUCGCCCGGUGCCUUUCGGCUGUGCAAAGCCUCCGCAGAGUUGGUGGUUCCAGGAUUUUAUUCAGAAUGACAUUAGGAAGAGAAGUGAUGUCUCCUCUUCAGGCAAUGUCUUCCUAUACUGCCGCGGGCAGAAACGUUCUAAGAUGGGAUCUUUCACCAGAGCAAAUUAAAACAAGAACCGAAGAGCUCAUUGUGCAGACCAAACAGGUGUACGAUGCUGUUGGAAUGCUCAGUAUUGAGGAAGUAACUUAUGAGAACUGUCUGCAGGCCCUGGCAGAUGUAGAAGUGAAGUAUAUAGUGGAAAGGACCAUGCUGGAUUUUCCCCAGCACGUAUCCUCUGACAAAGAUGUACGAGCAGCAAGUACAGAAGCAGACAAAAGACUUUCUCGUUUCGAUAUUGAGAUGAGCAUGAGAGGAGAUAUAUUUGAGAGAAUUGUUCGUUUGCAGGAAACCUGUGAUCUGGGGAAAAUAAAGCCUGAGGCCCGACGAUACUUGGAAAAGUCUAUAAAAAUGGGGAAAAGAAAUGGGCUCCAUCUUCCUGAACAAGUACAGAAUGAAAUCAAAUCAAUGAAGAAAAGAAUGAGUGAGCUGUGUAUUGAUUUUAACAAAAACCUCAAUGAGGAUGAUACCUUCCUUGUAUUUUCCAAGGCUGAACUUGGUGCUCUUCCUGAUGAUUUCAUUGAUAGUUUAGAAAAGACAGAUGACGACAAGUAUAAAAUUACCUUAAAAUAUCCACACUAUUUCCCUGUCAUGAAGAAGUGUUGUAUCCCUGAAACCAGAAGAAGGAUGGAAAUGGCUUUUAAUACAAGGUGCAAAGAGGAAAACACUGUAAUUUUACAGCAGCUACUCCCACUGCGGGCCAAGGUGGCCAAACUACUCGGUUAUAAAACACAUGCUGACUUUGUCCUUGAAAUGAACACUGCAAAGAGUACAAGCCACGUAACAGCCUUUCUAGAUGAUUUAAGCCAGAAAUUAAAACCCUUGGGUGAAGCAGAACGAGAGUUUAUUUUGAAUUUAAAGAAAAAGGAAUGCGAAGAGAGGGGUUUUGAAUAUGAUGGGAAAAUCAAUGCCUGGGAUCUACAUUACUACAUGACUCAGACAGAGGAACUCAAGUACUCCAUAGACCAAGAGUUUCUCAAGGAAUACUUCCCAAUUGAGGUGGUCACCGAAGGCUUGCUGAACACCUACCAGGAGUUGUUGGGACUUUCAUUUGAACAAGUGACAGAUGCUCAUGUUUGGAACAAGAGUGUUACACUUUAUACUGUGAAGGAUAAAGCUACAGGAGAAGUAUUGGGACAGUUCUAUUUGGACCUCUAUCCAAGGGAAGGAAAAUACAAUCACGCGGCCUGCUUCGGUCUCCAGCCUGGCUGCCUUCUGCCUGAUGGAAGCCGGAUGAUGGCAGUGGCUGCCCUCGUGGUGAACUUCUCACAGCCAGUGGCAGGUCGUCCCUCUCUACUGAGACACGACGAGGUGAGGACUUACUUCCAUGAGUUUGGUCAUGUCAUGCAUCAGAUUUGUGCACAGACUGAUUUUGCAAGAUUUAGCGGAACAAACGUGGAAACUGACUUUGUAGAGGUGCCAUCACAAAUGCUUGAAAACUGGGUGUGGGACAUUGAUUCCCUCCGAAGGUUGUCAAAACAUUAUAAAGACGGAAGCCCUAUUUCAGAUGAUCUGCUUGAAAAACUUGUGGCUUCUAGACUAGUCAACACAGGUCUUCUGACCCUGCGCCAGAUUGUUUUGAGCAAAGUUGAUCAGUCUCUUCAUACCAACACAUCGCUGGAUGCUGCAAGUGAAUAUGCCAAAUACUGCUCAGAAAUAUUAGGCGUUGUAGCUACUCCAGGCACAAAUAUGCCAGCUACUUUUGGACAUUUGGCAGGGGGAUAUGAUGGCCAAUAUUAUGGAUAUCUUUGGAGUGAAGUAUUUUCCAUGGACAUGUUUUACAGCUGCUUUAAAAAAGAAGGGAUAAUGAAUCCAGAGGUUGGAAUGAAAUACAGAAACCUAAUCCUGAAACCUGGGGGAUCUCUGGACGGCAUGGACAUGCUCCACAAUUUCUUGAAACGUGAGCCAAACCAAAAAGCAUUCCUAAUGAGUCGAGGCCUGCAUGCCUCGUGAACUGGGGAUCUUUGGUAGCCGUCCAUGUCUGGAGGACGAGUUGACAUCACUGUGUGUUACUGGCCUGGAAACUAAAGGGAGUUUUGCAAAUGAAAAUUUAGAUUUUUAUUGAUGUCCUUUUGUUUUGUAAUUUUAAAAAUUAUAAAGAUAUAAAUGGAAUUAUAAAUACUGUGACCUAAGAAAAGACCCAGUAGAAAGUAAUUGUACUAUAAAAUUUCAUAAAACUGGAUUUGAUUUCUUUUUAUGAAAAUUUCAUAUGAAUGUAACUUGAUUUUUUACUAUUAUCUAGAUAAUAUGAUAUAAGAGGGCUAAGAAUUUUUAAAUUGAGUCAUAUACAUGAUCUGAUUUAAUCCUUCUUGUAUCUUGAAGUUUUGUACUUGGGAUUUCUGUACUGAUAAAUGAAUCAUCACAUUCUUCUGGUAAAUAUUUUCUUGGAGCUCUGUGUCAACUUUGAUCCUUUGUCUCCCAGGAAGGUGUAACCUCUCCUUUGCCUGCAUACCUCAAGGCCAGGAGAAUAUGCCUCAGUGAUGCAUUUAUCUUUGUAUAUCAGGCUGCACGAUUCCCAACUUUCUGCCACAUUUAAAUUACGUUCUUCCAUUUGAGUUUGUAUUCUCUGUGUAAAGUCCAGUCAGAGAGCAUCAGAAAAUUAUGUUUCAACUAGGCUGGUCUAAUAAGUUUUUGUAUCUUCUAUCAGAGGAUUUCGUAGUUUAUAUUAGAGGCUCAUUUCCACUUCAGCAUACAAGAUCGUCAGUCUUUUGGCAUGUGUGCCAAUUAGAAUACUAAAGGUAGUCCAAGCACAUUUUUCUCUUCCCAUGUUUCUAAUGAGUGUUAGGGACUUUGCCUCUUUUACUGACCAUGUCCCCAAAAGUGUCAGGUACAUAUGUCACAAAUGGCUCUGUAGAGAGCCAUGGGAAGAGAGAGGGAAUGGAUGUGGAACAUAAAAGGUUCAGACACCCCAGAAGAGGAGUAGGUUUUGGACAGGAGCAUUUGAGGACGGCCGCUCCAAAGCCUUAUGUGUGUGAUGAAACUCACUGCAGGGAAGACACUCUUCAGUAGCCUAUUUCAAUUCUGGCGAUUUUUAUUUUAAGUGAACUGUUGAAUCUAUCUUUAACUCUCUUUAUUGUAGUUCUAAAUUCUGAUUCUACAGCAGACCAGUAAACUCACAGUAUUUCUUUUUCCUGUAGGAGUCUAUUCAAUAAGGAAACCAAGACAGGAUAAUAAAAUUAAAAAAGAAAAAAAAAAAAAAAAACUUUGAAUGUACCCUGCCUAAGUCUUCCGGUUGUUUUCCAUUGCAUACCUCAGGUAUGACUUUACUGGCUAGAGACAAAAUUAGCACCUUUCGAUUCUCUGGUGCAAGUGGACUUUGUGCUAAAUUAAAAAAAAAAAUGAUUAUACUACGUAAUAAAAUUAUAGACAGCAGGAAAUUCAAGAGCUAGGAGAUUCCUAGAUUAUAACUGCCAAGCAAAUACCUUAAACAUCCACCUGAAAUCCUACUGUCCUCUCUUGUGAGAUAAUUUCCCCAGCCCUUCUUGUCCCCACACUCACUUAAUAUCACCCCCCACCCCGUCCCCAAAACUGUUUUCGUGGUCUUUGUAGCCUAUGGUUGUUUUCCCAUAUCUUCCUCCCAACCCCCAAACUUUUCUGUUUUCCAGUGUCAGACAAAAAACUCUUCAGCUUUUUCCAGUGUGUUUCCUUAACAGUAACUUUACCAUUUGAAAUCUUAUUUCACACAGGAAAACUAAAUUGGUGUGGAAAGGCUGCACACAAUAAAGUUACAUUAUUAAACAUGA